CUCAAUAAAAUAUGUUCAUCAAGUGAUAUUGAUAAACGAAUUGAUGAUUUAGAAGACGAAAAAGUCAAAAUAGAAGAUAUUUAUAAAAAACUUUCAAAAUUUCUUCAUGCAAAUGGAAUAAUUUCAAUAAAUGAUGAUAUUUUACAGUAUUAUAAAGUUUUUCUAAAAGAAGAACAAUUGAAAAACAAAUUUGGUUGUCAAAAUAAUGAUGUUAUUGGAGGUUUUGAACAAAUGAUGCAAGAUUAUACAACAGAAAUGAAUUCAUUUAAAGACACAAUAAGAAAUGAAAAUGAUUCAUCAAAUAGCAAAGAUGUACUUGUAGCUGAAAAUAUAUUUAAUUUAGCUGGAACUCUUUAUCGAUUACCAAUUAAUGGAAAAAAGAUUCGUGAACAAGUCGAUUGUUUAAAAAUAAGUCAAAAUGAUAUUUCAUCAAAACGAGAAGUUUUUGUUGAACUACCCAUUAAAGCUAAUUCAUCAGCAAUGAUGCGUCAAUUCGAAAAUAUUAUUUCUAACAAAUGA